UGCCAGGAGCCAUUAGGGACCGCAUCGACAGCACCUAGCAGGAUGUCUCGGUAGUAUCAGUCGAUCUUUUGCUCCAGUGUCCGCGCGAUUUCCUGUGUGUUUUGGUGCGGAGCCGCUCUAGCGAAGCCAAGAUGUCUGGGAUAGCGUCUGGACUCACCACAAAGGGCAGCAGCCGCCUGAAAAAGAAGCACUUCAAGCCUAAGCAUCAGAAGGCAAAACUCUUCCGAGCCAACGAGCCGCUGCUCAGUGUUUUUAUGUGGGGUGUCAACCACACCAUCAAUGGCCUCACACACGUCAACGUCCCAGUGAUGCUUAUGCCAGAUGACUUCAAGGCCUUCACCAAGAUCAAGGUGGACAACCAUCAUUUCAACAAGGAGAACAUGCCAAGCCAUUUCAAGGUUAAGGAGUACUGCCCAUUGGUGUUCCGAAACCUAAGAGAAAGGUUUGGCAUUGAUGACGUUGACUUCAUAAACUCCAUCACCAAGUCACAGCCAAUAGCAGUGGAUUCGACUGGGCGCAGUGGGGCCAAGUUCUACCAGUCGUAUGAUCGCCUUUUCAUCAUCAAGACUCUCCUCAGUGAGGAAGUGGAGCAGAUGCAUGUUCUUCUCAAGGAAUACCAUCCUUAUGUGGUGGAGAGGCAUGGGAAAACAUUGCUGCCACAGUACCUGGGAAUGUACCGACUGACCGUCGAAGGAGCAGAGACCUACCUCGUUGUGAUUCGCAACAUCUUCAGCAGCCACUUGAAUGUCCACGUCAAGUACGACCUCAAGGGGUACCUGAGCGCUAAGCCUCGCCCGUUGUUAAAGCACAGGUCGUCAUCUGGCCUUAUUCAGGGUUCCACAGUGGACAGGGAAGCCAGUGAAAAAGAAAGGGAAAAAGACAUUCCCACGUUGAAAGACAAUGACCUUAUGAAGGAUGGCACCAAAGUACACAUUGGUGCUGAUGCCAAGGAACGGUUCUUGGAGCUUCUGACAGCUGAUGUCAAUUUCCUGGCCCAGAUGAACGUGAUGGACUACUCGCUCUGCCUGGGCAUCCAUGAUGUGGAGCGGGCAGAGCAGGAAGCCCUCGAACGAGAGCGGGUCGAGGCACUCAUGGAGGAAGCGGACAAUGGCACGGGCGGCAGUGAUGCCCUGCCCCAGUCUGAGGAGGACGAGGACUCCGCUGGAUCGGGGCUGGGCGACGCUGUGCCCACUCCACCUGACUCGCCGGGCGGGCGUUUCCGCAACGAACUGGGCAUCUCAAAUGGGCUUUUCAAUCCAGCGAGAGACAUCUAUGCCAUUAGCAGCCUUGACGGUGCAGGAAAGAAAGAGGUGUACUUCAUGGCCCUGGUGGACGUGCUCACACAUUAUGGUGUGAAGAAACGCACUGCGCAGGCAGCAAAGACGAUGAAGCACGGUGCAGGGGCGGAGAUCUCGACAGUGCAUCCAGAGCAGUACGCCAAGCGCUUUCUCGACUUCAUCUCCAAAGCGAUAGACUAAUGGCACCUGCGGGAAGUGGUGUGUUGUGCUGUGCGCAGUUUUGGGAGGGUGGGGAAAAAAAGAGUGGAGUGCUUCGUUUCUGUUGUGGGGGGGCCGACAUGCAGUCACUGUGAAUUUGUUUUUCACCUGGCCUUGAUGGUCUCGCCUAUUAUAUAUAUACAUACAUUUUUUUCGUUUCGUCUUGAUUGUGUAAAGCCCUGGGCAUUCUGCAUGGUUCUUUUUCUCAAGAUGUUGCCCCGACUUGACUGCUUGUGAGGCCAUGUACAUUAUAGCACACCUCUGGGUGCACAGGCGGCACUUCUGUUUGUGAGAAGCUCUUGGUUCCAGAGAGAUUGAUUGAAGCUCCUGGGAGCCAAUAGUGACUGUAUUGUUUGUGGCAGUACCCCAUGCUGUGAUUUUUUGCUGCUUUUCUCUCUCUGCCUUCUUCCUUGCCCACAAGACACUUCUUGUAAUCUGCUUCACGACAAGCCAUGUAUUGCUCGUCCUCUUGGAGGUUACACAUGUGCAUGUCUCCACAUUAGCGCUCCUGGUGCAAAAGUGUUAAGAGCUGAACGACCAACUACUACUCGCAAUGUUCCCAUGCAUGGCGCACUCCAUUCAGAUGCCAUUUUUAAUCGCUGGAAACCUACAGUAGUCACGUCCUCUACGCCUCCUGCUACUUACGAAACUGCUUGUAGUUGUGCAUCAGUAGUGUAGCAUAAUAUAAGUAUGUGUCUGCACAAAAUGCUUUCCUCGGGCUGCCUUUGUUCAGACUGUGCACUCUGCUUGUAAGUGCAAGGGAGCUGUAUAUUUGUUGACGGCACUGCAGUCCCAUUAGAGUUGCAGUUGUAGGUGUCUUGGCUUAUGUCUUUCCAUGCACUACUUUGACUAUGUUCUGGAACAGGGGUGAGGGGGGAAUAGUCUGGUGCUGUUUAAUUGCAAUGCAGCUUCCAAGUUCUUGGGGAGGCUUGUCUUGCAUGCAGCAUGUCCAAGCAUAUGGACGUGUGCAAGUGUGGCCAGGGGUGGUGCAAAGGUCAGUUUUAAAUGGUGAACUUGGAACUCGUGUCUGCAGUUCAUUUUCUGGUGUCAUGGUUUUUUAACAAGUUGAUGUAUGUCACCAUUGCCAUGCUUUCUUGUGCCUGCUGUGCAUUUGAAAAUUUAUUCGUUUAUGUACGUUGUGCACAGUGACUAAGUGUGCCGUCGUCUGAUUUUCUCAGUCCUUGCCGAGCCGAACACUUUGAGCACUGCUCACACUGUUUUGAACACAGCAAAAGCUCAAGACAUGCUCAGACUAGUAGAUUUGAAUGUCCUCGUUUUGGCUUCAGCUCUUAUUUAAUGCCUGCAAGCUUUCGCACUACACCUCACCUGUUGGUAUAGUCCAGUUCUCAUAGUAUCACUGUUAACCUUUUAUUGAUCUGUGAGACAGUGCAUCGCGAUUUCCUGUCAGCAAGCGUGAAAGUGGGGAGAGUUGUGCAGACACAGGUUCAGUAUUGCUUCUGCGUUCCAUUUACAGUAUAAUAUGGUAAUUUUGUAUGCCUGAUAGCUGUGCAAGGCAAACUGAUGGUCUUUUAGAGCCAUAUUGGCACAUUCUUGAGCUUCUGCAUCGUCCUUUUAGCGAGGAAUAUUGAGUGAACAAUACGGUUGCUGCUAAUGUACCGUGUAUGUGUGUGUGCGUGUAUGCGUGUGUGCAACACUUGUGAACUGCGUGGUUUAGGUUUUUUUUUUUUUUCUUCCAAACUAUACAACUAGUCCCAAUUCCAGACCAAUUACAUUUGCACUCUCAUCGAUGCCAUGUUAGGUGACACCCCCGAGCUGCUUCCAUGUUUUUUGCAUUAGGAGCACUGUGUGCCACCUCUGCAGCAAAACUGUUCCGCCACCUUUUUUGAGCUGCGGCUAAGUGUCGCUAUUUGUCUGCACAGUCCAGUCACAUUACAGUGGGCACGAAGAACAUGAAUGUUGUAAAGGUGUGUGUGCAUGUCGACAUGCUGGGCAGUUCAGUUUCCCUUGAACCAAACGUCAAGAAUAGGAUGAGGAAAUAUAAGUAGACAAAGAUUAAUAAUACUCAAUGCUAUGUAUAUGUAUAUCGUACCACCAGUGUUGCACUUCUUCACUGCAUUGCCCAUAGGGGUCUCUAGUAUUGCUGUUCAAGGGUAAGCUAAUUUUUUAGCAGUGUUUCCCUAGGUGCCGAUAUGUAUCUAGUAGUGCAAUUUUUCUGUUCCCCGUAUCCUCAUAAAGAGAGUUUGCUGCCAAGCUUCUUAUGCAUGUUCUUGAAUGUCAAGCAUAAACAAGUGUUUGCUUUGUCGAACAAAGGGAGUGGCAUCAUCAGGUAGGGCACUUGUCGCACAGCGGUGGCCUGCAUACGAGUCGGUGCAAGUUGAGGCGGCAUGUGCACAUCAAUGUACGAGAGAAACCGGGAUGCUAUGGCUGCAAAGGCUGACAGUUCUUGCGAAUCGUGGCAUUGCGUGCUGUAGAUGUUCCGAGUUUGUGGCAAAAAGAGAAUGGCCCAAACAUUUACAGAGAGGUUGUGAUGUUCUUUAGGGUGUGUUUAGAUUUUUUCCCUCACUGCUAUGCAUCAAGACUCAAAUUAAAAACAACUUGUCAGAGGCCGACAGCCAAGAUCUAUUGACGUUGAUGUCAGCAUUCCGUACAAUGCGUCGAACCAGCUCAGUAAGCUUCUAUGGAAACUGUUGCACACAGGUUGUGCUUACAGGCACUCUAUCAAUGUGCGGCCCCAAAUGUAAAUGUUGGUGAAAAUUGGUGUUUUUGGUGUCGUAUCGUUCUGUGUGAUUCUGUAGUUGCUUCCAAGGUGUGAACGUCGCAUAGUGGUGUGCGGCAUAAAAACGUUGCAAAUAGACUGUCACUGGGGUCCUAGUUCAUGUUGGGCAUGGGGACAGGAGGAAGAAAAGCUGCAUUGCUUUUGUGCUGUAAUGUUGCCAUACCUAAACAAGGGGGCAGCCUCACAAAAGCCCUUCACUUGUGAGUGUAUUAUUUUUAGUGUACAUAUGUUUAUUUCUAUGACACUCGAAUAAAUUUUUAGAGACACAAA